AUGCAGCACAAACGUCUUGCCUUUGGUCUUUUGACCGCCUUGGCCUCUCUGGCUUCUGCCGAGGACAAGUCCGAUGUUCACCAGCUGACCGAGAAGACCUUUGACGAGUUUGUCAAGGCCAACCCCUUGGUUCUCGCCGAAUUCUUCGCUCCCUGGUGCGGACACUGCAAGGCCCUCGCCCCCGAGUACGAGGAGGCUGCUACCUCUUUGAAGGAGAAGAACAUCAAGCUUGCCAAGAUUGACUGCACCGAGGAGGCCGACCUCUGCCAGAAGCACGGCGUUGAGGGCUAUCCCACCCUCAAGGUCUUCCGUGGCGCUGACAAUGUCGCUCCCUACAAUGGCCAGCGCAAGGCUGCUGCCAUCACUUCCUACAUGGUCAAGCAGUCUCUGCCUGCCGUCUCUGUCUUGACCAAGGACACCCUCGAGGAGUUCAAGACUGCCGACAAGGUUGUUCUGAUCGCCUACAUCGCCGCCGAUGACAAGGCCUCCAACGAGACUUUCACCACGGUUGCUGAGAAGCUCCGCGACAACUACCUGUUUGGUGGCGUCAAUGAUGCCGCCGUCGCCGAGGCUGAGGGCGUCAAGUUCCCCUCCAUUGUUCUGUACAAGUCUUUCGACGAGGGCAAGAACACCUACACUGAGAAGUUCGAGGCUGAGGCCAUCGAGAAGUUCGCCAAGGUCGCCGCUACUCCCCUGAUCGGCGAGGUUGGCCCCGAGACCUAUGCCGACUACAUGUCUGCUGGUAUUCCCCUGGCUUACAUCUUCGCUGAGACUCAGGAGGAGCGCGAUAGCCUCGCCAAGGACCUCAAGCCCAUUGCUGAGGAGUACAAGGGCAAGAUCAACUUUGCCACCAUCGACGCCAAGUCUUUCGGUGCCCACGCCGGUAACCUGAACCUCAAGACUGACAAGUUCCCCGCCUUUGCCAUCCACAACAUCGAAAAGAACCUCAAGUACCCUUACGACCAGGAGAAGAAGAUCACUCACGACGCUAUUGCCAAGUUCUCCAAAGAAUUCUCUGCUGGCAAGAUUGAGCCUAGCAUCAAGUCUGAGCCCAUCCCCGAGAAGCAGGAUGGACCUGUCACCAUCAUUGUCGCCAAGAACUAUGACCAGAUUGUCCUUGAUGACAAGAAGGAUGUCCUUGUCGAGUUCUACGCCCCCUGGUGCGGCCACUGCAAGGCUCUUGCUCCCAAGUACGACCAGCUUGGUGAGGCCUACCAGAAGUCUGAGUUCAAGGACAAGGUUGUCAUCGCCAAGGUCGAUGCUACUGCUAACGAUGUUCCUGAUGACAUCUCUGGUUUCCCCACUAUCAAGCUCUACCCCGCUGGCAGCAAGGACGCCCCCGUCACUUACAAUGGUGCCCGUACUGUCCAGGACCUGAUUGACUUCAUCAAGGAGAACGGCAAGCACAAGGCUUCCGUCGCCUUCAAGGAGGAGAGCACUGAGGAGGCUGCUCCCGCCGCUUCUGAGAAGAAGGAGGCAGAGGAGAAGAAGGAGGAUGAGGAUCACGAUGAGUUGUAA